CGAAUGAAGAACGUCUCACUCUCCUGUCCUUUGCCUCUCCGCUAAUACUCUUCAGCAUGCAGCACGAUCAACACCAUUACACCAACACCCAGUCUGGCUCCAGCCACCAGACUGGCAUGGCGAUCGAUCAGCCACUUUUGCAGCGUCUCGUGCCUUGUGUGGAGCAGCUGCACGUUGGCUGUCAAGGUGGGUGAGCGUUGUGCGUCCUUGUGCUCUGGUGUAUUAUUAGACUGUUCGUAUGCUUUAUAGAGAGAAGUUUACGGGUUAGUUGUCGGACGCAAGCAUAAGGCUUACUUUUUGUCUACCUGCUGGAACUCCGAGGGUAUUAGACAGCUUGGAUUAGACUCUACGUAAAGACGUGUCUGCCUCCAUUGACAUUGUACCCUUCUCCAAAGGUACUUCCCAGUCUUACCUCGUACAACCUUCUUCCAUCGAGCGUAACGAACAAAUAGCCCACUGAAUAACAUCACCAGCCACCGCAGCCUGUGGAAUGCCCAUCGCUGCCCCGGCAGUGGAUCUGCAACGGCGCUUGAACGCUCCGCGCGGAGUCGAGGCGGGUCUGCAGAGCCACCACGACGACGUCCAUGCCGAGUCUGCCAUCACCAGCAGCAGCGCCAGUUUUAGACCCCAGGCCAAUCCAACUUACCGCGCUAACCAUGGUCAUUACAACCGUUCCUCGGGGUCUCAUACUGCUAAAAUCCACGCCUUUGCAUCAUCACCAAACGGACAGUCGGGGUUACGUGCCUCGGAUUCUGCUGCAUCCACUGAAUCCGCACCGCGUAUCGCGUCGUUGAUCGCAAUGGAUGGGAGAACCAACCCUCCAUUUGGGGCGACAACAGCAACCACUAUUCCAAAUCACGACGAACAUCCGGCUCUCACUAAGACAGGCGACUCAGAGCCUUCGUUAAUUGCACCAUCAUUUUCGCAACAGUCGUUCUCAGAGUCACGGAAAAAUGGCCACGUGCGCCAGCCGUCCAGUCCCGCAAAAGCACGAAUCGAGACGCAAGCGCAACUGAGUCGAGGACACAAAAGAACAGCAACAGGUGAUGUCAAAUUGGGGGUAUCUGGAGUUGAGACGCAAUCGAAGGUAAAAGGACUCCCGGGUCAUUCAAGAACACAGAGCCUAGACUCGACUGGAAGUAAAAUUGCCGAGCUGUCUGCUCAACUUCGAGCUCGUCUUUCAUACGCAGCGUUCAAGGUAGAAAAGAAUUGGCAAGUGCCACAAGCAGGGAAUGCUUCGGCUCGAUCACUAAAGCUGGAUACUACACAGAUCCCGAAAGAAUCAGUGACAGGAGCUCAGCAAUCGUAUAAUGGCUCUCCAGAAGGAACGAUAAUAUCAGCUCCAGAGACAGGGCCAACACGAACGCUCAGUUCCACAAACGAAACAUUCGACCGUGCUCGUGCAAGCAUGCCCCCACAGUCUUCUACUUCGUUACAUACUCCCAAGCUGGCGCCCCCAGUCAACAUAAUCACAGCAAAUAAAACACACAGUGCGCGACGACGACCAAAUCCCAACGCAGUGAAUAGUACCCCGCCAUAUAACCCAUACCCACGACAUCGCCGACAUCACUCGGAGAUAGAGAGGAACACCGCGCGUUCUUAUAAUUCUAAUAUGGCUACUCUUGCCGGAAGAUCUCCAUAUUCCAUUUCGGCUUCCAGAAGCAAUGGUCACAGUCCAGGUUCGAUGCGAUCUGCCAAACACUCUCCAAUCAAGCGACGUACUCCUUCACAAAAUGCUCUUAUGGAGCAGGACGCCAUUGAAACUUUGCUCUUUAUGUCCAGUCCGGAGAAUUCUGGUUAUCACCCUAACUCCCAGUCCAGACAAACCAAUGUGAGCACUAGCAUUGAGGCGCAAAUAGAAUUAGGUUCCAACGGAGGCCCGCAGAAUUCGUCGCAAGGAAGUAAUUUAUCAAGUAUAGGAAACCCACCAGCGGUUAAUUUCCUUCACUCAGGAGCCUUCCCCGCUGCAGCAUCGAUUGCCAACAACCACUCGAUAGGAUUAGAGGCACAAGCUGGCGAUGAGAUCGAUCGGCUUCUGGAUCAAAUGGAAAAUGAAAACAGAAACAAUACUCAGAUGCGACUGUCAUACGAUUUUUCUCCACUUGGAAACCAAGAGCUAGGUUUAUACGGAGCUGACAACCUUGGCGGGUUACGAGAUUAAUUCUGUCGAAUUUUAUAGAGAGGAAGCUAUGACCAUUUAUGAAAGGCAUUUGUUUUGGAAUACCCUCAGGUACCUGAUUAAAUAUUGAUCUAUAUUAUAUACAUGUUAUAUGCCCGACGAAAAUCCCGAGUCCUUACCUUGCCUCUUAACAUAUUUGAAGAACACACAGUCCUAGUUUUAUCACAACAUAGAUUUCCUCCGGUUUGGGUCGCGAUGUCUAUGUUCGGUAAUUGGCAUCCAGGGGACAGAGUGCGGAACUCAAUGACCACACCGACAUCAGAGUUGCAUGUCUCAGCACAUCCUUCACCAGCUGCAAUAUUGGCCUUGUUAAUUGUGGUCCUGGUGGUAUCCCGCGGAAGCUACCCCUGAGAAUGGCUGAUCUUGGUUCGUUUGGCCCAUCGCCUGACUUGUCUGGUCGAGACAGCUGAAAUACCCUAGUUGCAAGUAGUUCUGAU